AUGGAUCAGAACGAUGAAAGUGAUGUUCUAGAGGAAGAGGAAAUUGAAGAAAUAGUUGCUAAAUUACCAGAUAAAACUGCUGAAGCAUGUAAUGCAAUGCAAACUAUUAUUUGCUAUGAAGAACAGGAAAUUUAG